CCACUUCUCCAGACUUUGUCACAGGCAUUUGGCACCACACCUUGUCCAUCAGAAUCGCAUCUGUGGCUACACGAUGCCAUUACAAACUCGAGAGGUCAGACAACAGAGUGAAAGCGUAGGAAAGGAGAAACGGAAACCUGUCCGCCGUGACCCGGAGAAGAGGCGGCAACAGAACAUUCGAGCACAAAGAAAGUACCGAGAGAAGCUUCGUGAGCGUCUGGCUUAUCUUGAAGCACUUGCUGCAUCUGCAGCACAGAGCGAUGCUAUUGAACGAACAUCGACUGCGGGCACAGGCCAAUCUGAGGCGGUCACAACGCAUGGCUCAUCCAGCACUCCAACCCAUAUACUUCCAAAGACUCCCCCAUCUUAUGAUGCUUCGGACAUAUCUGUUUCCAGUUUAUCUCCAACACACGGUUCAGAUCCAUUUCGCUAUGGCGAGGUCAGGGUACUCAAAUUUAAACCGAGUGCCACAGCAGCAGAUCCGUAUGCCAACAACCUUCGCAUUGAAAGAGUCUGCACUAUAACUGCAUUAUAUGCUCUUGGAAUGCAUGUUGGCAUCACCGAGGAGAUGGUCUGUGCUGACGAAUCUUUCUCACCGUUCUUCCGGUCUAUCACGGAGUCGAUAGAUGAUAUGAUCAAAGCAAAUACGAUUGGCACAGUGCAGAGAAUCUUCAAAACACUGAAGCCUGACUUGAGGCCGAGUAGCGAGCAAAUUACUAUCCAGCAUCACCCAUACAUAGAUAUUCUACCCUUUCCGACACUACGAAAAAAUCUCAUCACCCAUCAGGAAGAGAUUGACGAGGAUGAGUUCUUCCUUGAUAUCCUUACCGGAUUAGUGUGUUGGGGAGGUGCAGGCAUUGGAAGGAAGGAUCGAGAAGACUCCACUGGAUAUGCUUCGACAGGUACGCCCUGGGACGUCCGUAGUUGGGAGGCGAGGGUGUGGUUUUUGAAGAAAUAUUGGACUUUGCUAGGUGGUGAAGAUGGAGAGCUUGUACGGCAAAGCGAGCGGUGGCGCAGUAUCCGAGGGGACGACACGCUGAACAUGGAGGUGCAUAGCUAG